GUGUAUGCGUGUGCGUGUGUGUGUGUGUUUGUGCAACGCUGUGUAGAAAUUAACGUAGUGUGAAGAAGUUGCAAAAACGACGACGAAAACUGAAAACUGAAAUCAAAGACGCAGCAGCGUUUUUUUUUCAGCAGCUGCAACAACAACGACCAAAAAGACAGCAGCGGAUUUUUGAAACAAACACACGACCGAUUACAGCAUAAAAUAUGGAGGAGAAGCGCAUAGCGGACUACUUUGUGGUGGCCGGCAUGCCCGAGCAGCCGCAGCUGCUGCAGGAGAACAUAUUCAAUGACUCGGGCCGGCUGCGUGCGGCCAAUACAAUUGAGCCGAUCACCGACAUUGGCGUUUUCUUUCCGCUGCUGGGCGAGCAGCUGCCCGAUGGCUAUGAGCUGUUGGAGCACACACCAACGGGACUGCCGGCGAAUCUUAAUCAUGGCUCGGUACGCACCACCGAAUGUUACAUAUACUUUCGACGCGGCAAGGAUCGGCCGCCGCUAGUGGAUAUCGGCGUGCUUUACGAUGGCCAUGAACGCAUCAUGUCGGAUGCGGAAAUAGUUGCCGAAACGCCCGGCGGGCGUGUGGCCAAUGUGAAUAAUUCGUCGGCAAAAACCUUUCUCACAUAUCGACGCGCCCGUCCAGACAUGCCCUGCAACGAACUGGUGGUCACAGAGCUGUGCGUGAUUGUCCAAAGCAAAGGAGAACGGCCGCCGCAUGCCUUCUGUCUCAUUUACAAGACGCUGAACAAGGGCUAUGUGGGCAGCGAUGUAUAUUUGUGCUACAAGAAGUCCAUGUACCGUCCCAAGCACAUUAGCUAUAAGCCAGAAAUAUUACUGCGCUAUCCCACCGUAGAUCACACGGACUUUCCACUCAAAUUAUGUCCGAGCGUGCCGCUCUUCUGCCUGCCCAUGGGCGCCAGCCUGGAGGCCUGGCCACAUGUCAAUGGCACCGAAAAACGCAAACCCAUCAGCCCAGUUUUCAGCACUUUUGUGCUGACUGUAAGCGAUGGCACCUACAAGGUCUACGGCUCGGCUCUUACCUUUUACGAGGAUUACGAUGCAUCGCAGCUAUCUGCGGAGCAAUGCGAACUGCUUGGCUGGGAUGAGGAGUUUGCGUCACAACACUCGUUGCACAUGAUCAAGGCCAUUUGCUUGCUGUCGCACCAUCCCUUUGGCGACACCUUUGAUAAAUGGCUUAAAUACUUACAUCGCAUGGUCGUGUAUGGCGUCAAUAUACCAAUACCCGUGGAGCGUUACAUUAUCCAGCUGCUGGACGAGGUUCCGUUCCCGGCGCCUAGCAUACAUCUACAGCUGUCCAGCGAGUCGAAUGAUCGUAUUCUGCUCACACAGCCAGAGGAUUCGCCAUUGCCGCGCAGUGGCGCCGGUUUUCACAUGUUGCUCCAAAAUUUAGGCACCGACAAUUGUCUGCACGUACUCCUCCUUGCGCUCACCGAACAAAAGAUACUCAUACACUCGCUCAGACCUGCGACGCUGACUGCCGUUGCUGAGGCGAUUGUCUCGCUGUUGUUUCCGUUCAAGUGGCAAUGCCCCUAUAUACCGUUGUGCCCGUUGGGCUUGGCCGAGGUUUUGCAUGCGCCUCUGCCCUAUUUGAUUGGCGUCGACUCGCGCUUCUUUGAUCUGUACGAGCCGCCCACAGAUGUAACCUGCAUUGAUCUGGACACCAAUAACAUCAGCUUGUGCGACUCGCAGCGCCAUUUGACGCCAAAGCUUCUGCCCAAGCGGGCCGCACGACUACUGAGACAGACGCUCACCGAGUUGGAGAACGCCAAGCCCAUUAGCUAUGAUUCCACUAAUAGCUUGGAUCGUGACAUACGGAAGCGUAAGCGUGAGCUGGUGCUAGAGCAGCGCAUUCAGGAGGCAUUUCUGCUCUUCAUGGCGUGCAUAUUGCGCGGCUAUCGUGACUACUUGGUGCCUAUUUCAAAGGCGCCUUCCGUGGGCGCCACGGAUCCAAGUGCCUUAUUUCAGCUGAAAGCUUUUCUGCGCUCGCGCGAUAAGUCGCACCAGAAAUUCUUUGAGCUGCUGAUGAAAACCCAAAUGUUCAUUAGAUUCAUUGAGGAGCGCAGCUUCGUGUCUGAUGGAGAUCACGGCCUCAGCUUCUUUGACGAGUGCGCCGAGAAGGUGACCGGCUACGAUGAGACGCCUGGACAGCUGCAUUUGGUCGACUGGGAUACGGGCCAGAGCAGCGAGCGCACCAAGUAUAUCUUUCCGCCGGACAACGUGUCGUUAACAUCAGGCGGCUCGGCCAGUUAUGUUUACAAGAAUUUUACGCUGCAGCCAGAGUUGCUGCAUAGCACAAGAAAGACGGCACUGUCGCAGUUCCUGCAGCUACAGCUAAAUGCAUCUCUGUCGCCCGGCUCGCCCAUCGCGCGUCGUACCAAGCACGAGGUGAAGCUGUCACAGAAGAUGGCCAGCCGUUGCCAGCAACAUCCGGAGGCGUGGUCUAAAUAUCUGCUGGCCACCUGCUAUUCACUGUACUUUUUGAUACUGCCUUCCAUGGUGAUGGAUCCCCGGCAUGCUGGUAAGGAGCAUGACAUUUUGCGCGCCGCCUAUGAUGUUCUGGUGCGCGCCAGCAAGCUGAAAAUCACCUGCGAUGAGUUCUGCUAUCGCAUCAUGAUGCAGCUGUGCGGCAUACACAAUCUGCCAGUGCUGGCAGUGCGACUGCACUAUCUGAUGAAGAGGUCGGGCCUGCAACCAAACGCCCUUACCUACGGCUUUUAUAAUCGCUGCGUCCUCGAAUCCCAGUGGCCCAGCGACAGCACCACGCUCAGCCAGAUUCGCUGGAACCGCAUCAAGAAUGUCAUCAUGGGCGCUGGACACUUUCGACGUGCCGGCAAACGUCGUACCGCCAAGGUGUGCAAAUCACUUAGCUCCUCGCAUGACCACAAUCUGAGCACAUUGGAAACGGUGGACGGUCAGUCGCGCAGCAGCUUGGCCAGCUCCGGCGAAGGCGGCGGUGGCGGUCUGCUUGAUUUUGCCGCCUUUGACAGGCUGCGCAACAAGCUGGGCAGCAUUGUGCGGCAAACGGUCACGGGCGGUGCUCCGGAUGUGCUGCCCACCGAGGAUGUGGUGAACAGCGCUGGUCUGCUAAUCAGCGGCGAUUCUGCCGCCAACAGCGCCAAUGGCAGUUCGCCCCACACGCCGCAUACGCCCAUCUAUGGCGGCGAUGCGCAGCUGCUAAGCAAACCACGUAAGCAAAUCAUGAGCAUUGGCGAUGGCGAGGACGAUGAGGAUGAUGACGGGGAUGGGGAUGGGGAACGGGCCGAACAUGAGCAACAAUCGGCGCCGCUGACACCACAAAAGGGCAAACAGGAUAUACAAUUUGCAAGCGGUGACUACGAAUUAGACGUGGAUUUGGAUGAGGAGGAACAGGAGCCAGACGAGCUCGAUGACCAUGUGGCUAAUCAACAGGCCAGACAACGCGUUCAGAGCCCCACCAAAAUCUCACCACGCACGCCCGUCACCCAAAACGAUCCGCUAGGCGCCCUAAAUGAGGAGGACGCUACGCCCACACAGCUACCGGAGGCACAGGCAGAAAUGACAACGACAACGACAACGACAACGACAGCUCUCAAUAGCAACAUGUACAGCGAUAAACCAAUCCUUUUCAGGGGACAGCGCAGCGCCACGUUUGAUGAGUCCACGCAAAUUGGGAAGAGCAUGCAUCGAUCGGAGACGAUGCCAGUGGCCAGCAGCGGGGUUACCCACAGUCUGGCCAACAUUGGCUCCUCGCUGAAGUUUACAUUCGGACGUUAUUCACCCGCACGAUUGUCCCUUAAGAAAGACUUGAAAUUGCCCGCCAAUAUAAUAGAAAAUAUAUCAAGCAUAAGUCCCAGCUUGACGAGCAAGAAAUCCAAUGAGCUGAUCCAGGGCAGCCUGAGCAGCAUUAAGUAUGCGGCCAAUUCGCUGACGCGCAAAUUUGAUGAGAUCAAGGGCGCCAUAUCGGCCAAUUCGACACCGGUGAAGACAAAUAAUGGCCAUCAGCAGCACCAUCACCAUCAUCAUCAUCACCAUCAUCAUCUGCAGCACCAUCAUCAUCAUCAGCAUCAUCACCAGCAAGAGGCGACUGCAGGCGGCGAAGAGCAUGACACAGCUAGCGGUGCCGAUGAGGGCAAACUGCGUCGCGUCUCUAGCGAUCUAGAUCCUUGGGGCAGGCUGAGCGAGUCUCGCAAGUCAAGCUACAACAAUUUGGUGCCGCUUGGCGAGAACAGCUCCAAUACGGCAAUGCAUAUGUACGCCUUUCCCGCGCUGCCCGACAAUCUCUACAGCCCCAUAAUUGAGGGCGCGGAUCCGGAAUGCGAUGUGCUGAUACAGUUGACGACAUGCUCGCAGUGUCACAACUGUUCGGUGCUUGUCUAUGAUGAGGAGAUCAUGAGCGGCUGGUCGGCGGAGGAUUCCAAUUUGAAUACCACAUGCCAUGCGUGCUAUAAGCUGACGGUGCCUUUUCUCAGCGUUCAGAUCACGCGCCUGGAAGCUGCCGAGACAGAAAACAACAGCGAGGGCGUGGCUGCCAACAAGUCUAGCUUGACGGUGCCGUAUCUGAAUCCGUUAGUGCUGCGCAAAGAGCUGGAGAAUAUACUCACCCAAGAGGGUGACUUGUCGCUUAUCAAGUCCAACUUUGUCGAGGAGCAUCCAAUCAUUUACUGGAAUCUAUUAUGGCUCAUGGAGCGCAUCGAGUGCAAGACGCAUCUGCCCGAACUGUGCCUGCCGCCAACGAGCGACGAGAAGCAACUGGAUCCACUGACUAAGGUCAAGACCGUGCACAUACAGUGCCUGUGGGAUAAUCUAAAUUUGCAUAGCGAAACCAGCGGUUCGCCCAUGUAUAUACUCUAUCGGGAGACGCAGCCAACAAGUCCAUUGAUAAAGGCUCUACUUACCGAUCAGGCGCAGCUCAGCAUGAAUGUCAUUCAACAAAUCAUUUCGGCGAUACGGUGCAACGAUAUGGCAACGCCGCUGAAGCGUUUGGCCAACGAACGGCACAAGCUGAAGAGCAGCGGGGUGGAGCGUUCGCAUUCAUUCUAUCGGGAUAUACUAUUUUUGGCGCUAACGGCCAUUGGCCGGGCCAAUGUGGACCUGGCCACAUUCCAUCGCGAAUAUGCGGCCGUAUUCGAUAAGCUGACGGAGCGCGAGUGCAAUAUGUAUUAUCGCAAUCAGGACCUGCCCCCAUCGGCAUCCACAAUCUUUUGUCGGGCAUAUUUCAAGCCCCUGUUGCUGCCCUGACGUGCGCUCGAUAAAGACCAGGAUCAGGAUCGGGAUCAGGGUGUCUAGUGUGGAUGGGGAAACAAAGUGAAACCCUAAAAGACAUGGCGACCAAAAACAAACAACAAGAAAACGCUUAACAGAACCACAUCAAUUGACAAACAUACAAAAAACAAACAACAAAAAGAAAAAAAAACAAAAAUUUUGACUUGUAAAUGACUUAAACUUAAAUCUUAGGUACUUAAAUUUUUUGUUUUUUUUUUUUUUAAAUUCUUUUUUUAUUUGUAUUGAGCAUUUUUGUUUCGCUCGCUCGCACAACGCAGAGCUCGUACACACACUCACACACACACACACACACACUUCUAAAUGACUGGUUUCUAAGACAAUACACAUACCCUUACACACACGCAUCAGGCGAUCUAUUGACAUACCUAUAGAUAUACUUUUUUAGAUUCGACUUCCUGCAACAAAUUGACCCUCAACGUAUUUGCCUUAUUAUAUAUAAUAUAACGGUACAUACAUAUAUUUAUGUGUGAUCCGUCUGUAGAACUAGUUUGUAUGGAUGUCCUAUGUAUGUAUGCACGUAUGUCUGUCUAUGUAUGUAGUAUAUCAACAUUUCAAAUCGCAUCGCCUUCAAAUUGUGAUUUUUAUUUCAGAAAUAUAUAAUUUCAUCGAGCUGCGAUCGAUUAAUCGAUUAACGAUCGAAUGUA